CCGUCCGAUCCUCCGACUGUGUGCGCGCCGAAGAGAUGCGUCCGUCCCCGUCCUUCUCACGCACUUUACAGCUAACCUGACGUUAGCGCCGCCCGUACGCUUGGCUAGUUUCCUUUUUUCCUGCUAUUUAGUUUUUAUUUUAAUCGUACGCUCUUUCAGUAGUGCAGUGCUUUUCCGACCGAGUGGAUUUAGUGUAGUGUAGUGUCAAGAUGAUGUCUCUAUACAGAACCAUCAAAGGAGGCACCCAGAAACGUCCCAGGGAUAGAAGCAGUUACGGGCCGAGUACUAUACACAGUGACAUGGUGUCCCGUCGCCGCAUACUCUCUCGCUCCCGGGACGACCUGAACCUGGACUCUGGCAACACAUUCACACCUCCCGAGGACGAGGAAGACGUUUGGUAUCAGAGGGACAAACUUUAUAAGGACCAUAUCCAGGAAGUGUUAGACAAAUGGACGCAGAUAGAUGAUGAGAUCUGGGCCAAGGUCAUCGUGCUGGAACGCAACAGACGGGUAGCCAAAGCGUACGCGCGCGCCCCUGUACUCACAAUCAACGGCAGCGACGAUGGCUUCGAUGGUUUCAGAAUUGGAUUAUGCGGUUUUGAUAAUCCGAUGCGAGACCCUAAAACAGAAGACCUCAAGAAACACAUAGGACAUGGCGUGAAAGUGAAGAUGGACGACCAGGGCAAUAUCCUGGUAAAGCGCGUGUCCAAGUGUAACGUCUAUGUCAAGAAUACGAGUGCCGGGGAGGAUACCAGUAUAGGAGGAGAUGUACUCAAACUGCCGAACUGUUCACUUGAGCCCGAAAAACCCGUCAAGUUGUUCGAUAUGAAGAAAUUCCAGGCCAAUGUGAGUCGCGAAAUGCGGAGAGCCUACCCUGACAGAAAAACUUUAGAAUCCCAGUGUCUAAGCGCUCUCGCUUUCGUAAAGUCAGAAGCAGAACUUCUAGAUUGUCCUAUUUGGGUGCUCAUCAUCAACGUAGUAGCGAUGGAUAUGCUCAAAUCCAAAUUCCCUCCAAUGAAACGUUCCACUGUAGACAUCCGCAACAGACCUCGUAUCCCGAUCCCGGAUGAGGACCCGUACAGCGUGGCCGGCAACGGGGGCGGCAGUUCUGGCAGUUCGGGAGGCGGCGGCAGCAUGGGUACACAACAGCACGUACGGCGUAGUGACAAACCGCCAAAACUGCCUCCAAGGGGUGACGCCCCUUAUCCUCACGAUAUACCCAAGCCUGACUACGACGAUAUCGAGGAGGAUGAGAACAGAUUGGGAGUAAAGAACUUCCCCUCAUCUCGUGGCACAAGAGAUAAGACCAAGGACAAGAAGUAUGAUGACCCCUACUACUGCGGACUCCGAGCCAGGGUUCCCAACUUCACCAAGAGCAAGGAGGCGAAGGCCAGUAUCGCCGCGCAGAUGGCCCGCUACCCCAUGAUGCCCGCUCCUCCACCACCGUCACACCCCCACCACCAACUGAUGUGGCACGCCCGGAGCUACGACAGUGGCAUGGGUAUGACUCUCCCUCUAGGUCUGCAGUCGAUAUACUCAGAACACCUUGACUCGCCCUAUAAUCAUAUCUACGGACGUCUGCCUAUCCCCACCCGUGGGUACAUACCCCCCACUCCGCGCACCAUGUACAUCGGCGAGUGGGACUAAACCCCCUCCACUAGCGUCUCUCCCCUCCACUUGCUGGCGCGGCGUGUUGUAGUGGGAGCAACUCAGGCCGAACAUGACAUUCCCCUCUGGGAUAGACUACUGAAAGGACAACAUAGAAAUACUCAACCGGGAGAUAUUACGUGUACUUUUAAGACUUUCCGCUGGACGUGAGAAAUUGAUAUGUACCAAUUCUGUUACAGUUUACCUUAAUUGUAUGUUUACUUUUAUGUUGAUAAUUUAUUAUUUUUAUAUCUGCCAAGUCUGUGGACCGACACUAGCCUGUGUACAGUGUGUUUAACAUGUAGUAAUGCUAAUACCAGUAGCCGUACAUAUGUAAAUAGAAUAUUUUAAGUGAUGUAUACUGGCGCCAUCUCGGUGGGGACUGCUCGAUACUCCCCCCCCUUGUCUUGGGCUCUCCCCACUGCUACAGUUCUUCUCCUCUUCACGCCGCCUACAGUCGGCAAAACCUGCAUUCAAGUCUUUUGGGAAAUUAAAUUAUUUACAAAUUAAAUUUUGAAAAUGCAAUUUUAAUUCUCUGUGAAGUUCUUGAGACUACGUUAAGUAAUAAAAAAUAUGACAUAUAUUAAAAGUAAAGUAUUUUAAUACGUAAUUAAUUUCAACUUAAAAACAAUAAUUUUCUAGUUAUUUAAAUUUAUAUUUGGCAAUUAGGAAAAUAUUGAUUUAAAUUAUGAUAAAAUUUAUUUACAGUGUUAUCAAUACAUUUAUACUACAAAAUGUUAAUGUUUGAUCCAGAUGUAUGGUAGUGAGCGUACGAUUAUACCUAAUGAUUGUAAACUAUAGAACGCAAGAUUUUAUAAUUUGUAUCAGGUAGCAUAUUAGAACGGCUGUAGGCGGCAGCUCUGUUCAAUAGAGAGUUCUGUAAUGUCGAUGACAUCUUAAUGUAAGGCUGUAAACUUUUAUUUUAUAUUGGUAAAUUAUUUCACUAACAACAACACUUGGAGAGCAAUGUUUUGAGUGGAAUUCGUACCUAGUCACAGCGAUUUCCCUAUGAGGCUCGAAGCCUAGGGCCCUACCAAGGACACUAUGGGGUCACACCUCGCUCUUCUUGUAUAUAAAGUUGCCUAGACACCCUGCGUGUGCUAUAUUAUUGUUAAGCUACUGACUGUUUUAUAUCCACUCUGUAAAUGAAAUAAAAUGGUGAUGGAAAGAG